CUGAAUUGUUAAAUGACUGUAGAUUAGCACUGAUAUGGAUAAUGCAUUGUUGUAUUCCAAUGAUGAAAUACAUUUGGAUUUAAGUUUUGAUCCUGUAGAACAAUUUGGUGAUGUUGAUCAGAAUUCUCAUGAGGUCAACUCCAGUGAUAUAGCCGACCCGACUAAUAGCGAUAAUCAGCAAAUGGCAACAAUGGAUUCCACUAACUCUCAAAUUACUAUUGAAGUUAGUGGUUCUGACAAUAUUAUUCCUGUGAAAGAAAACAUUGUCAAAAACUGGGAAGAAUUUGUUUGCGAUACUUCAACAUCCUUACAGAAUGAUGCAGAUGUUCAAAAUGUCGAUGAGGAAACCGAAAAUGAUUCAGCUUAUGCCAUCACAAUGGAUGGUGAAUCCCAGGGUCGUAUUGUUCGGAUACACCCAUUGACUGUAGAUCAUCACCAAUACCAAUCACUCAUUGAAAAAGAAGGAAAUAUUGUUUUAUCUGAUAAAAACAUUAUUCUCCAGUUGAAUGAUGGACAAAAUGAAAAUGGGGAAAAUAAUAUGAAUAACUGUACUAAAGGCGCAGGUGAAACACUGGCAGGAGAUAUUCCUGUAUUAUAUGUCACUGAGAAUAUAAAAUGUAGCGAGGAAAAUGAUACAUUGCAAGAACAUAUAAGUAAGUUUUCUCCAAGAAAAUCAGGACGCUCCAAAAAAUCUUCGUUUUGCCAGAAAUUUAAAUUGGAAUCAAUUACUGAUAAACUUUUGACGUCUGAAAUGCAUUGUAAAAUAUCAAGAAGAAAAAAGAGCUCACUAACUGAAAAUGCGGAACCCACAGAAACAUUGGUUCUUGUAGUUUCAGACUCUGAUGAUGAUUUAUCUCCUACAUAUACAGUAAGAUUAAAUAAACAAACUAUGAAACCUCAAGCAAAAAAUGGGAAGAAAGAGAGUAAAACAAGAAAUGAACGAGCGCACAAAUUUAAAAAAUCUCAUUCCAAGCCCAAUAUAGAUAAAAAAUUCAAAACCACGAAAGCAUUAAAUUCUGGAAUUAAAUUUUAUUCAUGUCGCAAAUGUGGCAAGAAUUAUCUUUCACAAGAUGAACUAAAGCUCCAUAAGACAUCUCAUGCAAAUGAAAGGUCUCAUAUAUGUGCAGUAUGUGGUAAAGGAUUUCUAACUACAACUCAUUUAGUAAGACAUUCUAUUACUCACACUACUGGGAGGCGUAUUUUUUCAUGCAAUCAAUGCUCAAGAAGAUUUCUCUCACAGACAACCCUUGAUCUUCAUCUGCGGGUUCACGCUGGUGAGAGACCUUACCGUUGUACGAAGUGUGACAUGGGUUUCACUCAACAAGGUCAUUUACUGGGACAUAUGCAAAUACACUUAGAAAUUAAGCCUUUUGCUUGUACUCAAGAAAGAUGUAAUAAAACUUUCGCAAGACGAAGUGAUUUAAAUAAUCAUAUCAGAACUCACACAGGGGAAAAACCUUUUCUAUGUACUACCUGUGGUAAAUCCUUUGCUCAACGUGGGUACAUGGAAAUUCAUGCUAAAGGUCAUUUAGGUCUAAAACCACAUGCUUGUAAUGUAUGUGGUAAGCAUUUUACUAGAAAGACCGGCGUAACAAGACACAUGCUAAUUCACACAGGUGUUAAACCAUAUGUUUGUGAAGUAUGUGGAAAAGGUUUUGCACAGUCUGGCCAAUAUAAAACACAUUCUCGAGUGCACACAGGUGCUACACCAUACUCAUGUGAUAAAUGCCAUAAGCAAUUCACACAAUCAGUCAACAGAAACAAGCACAUGAAAAAAUGUACAAAAGUUUCUGCUCCUAGUAUUUGUGAAGACAAUAUUAACUCUGGCAAUAAUCAAACCUCUGAUGAUAUUGUGAGUUUUCAAAAGUUUUUAGAUAUGGAUUUACCAACCAAAAUGAACAAUGAUAUUUAUCUGAAUAGUAAUUCACUUAUAAUUAAAAAGCAGUGUUGUCAAAUACCAUUCAGUGUAACAAUGAAUGAAGACGUCCAAGAUCUAUUUGAAAAUGAGGAUAAUACGAAUGGGGAUUUGGAUGUUGGAGAGACUUAUGCUAUCACAAUGGAUGGAGAAUCUCAAGGUAGAAUACUUAGAAUUCAACCUUUUAAUACUGGUCAAGAAAAAGAUAAAAAUGAUGAACAAUUGUAUCAAGGUAUUGGAGAGUAUCUGGUUGAUGUUGGAGAUAGAUUAGAGCAAAGGAAUGAGUCUCAAGCAACAACCACGGAGGAACUUGGAGACAAUGAAAAUUGUUCGAGUGUUGGGAUUGGUAACUCAAAUCAAACAACAGAAAUUGUUCCCAAGCUAUGUCGAAAAUCGGGGCGCUUAAAAAAAUCUUCGAAAAUAGAGAAAUCGAAACUGGAAUCUAUUGCUGAUAAAUUCUCAAAUUCAGAAAUGGGUAGCAAAACACCAAGAAGAAAGCGCCGCUCAAAAUCUAUAAAGCUUGCAAACUCCAAUAAUGAUGCCGAGUUGGCAGAAGGAGGAGACACAUUUGUGCUUGUUGUUUCUGACUCCGAUGAUGAUCUACCCCUCAUUCCUGCUCUAAAAUUGAAAAAGCAAUCACCAGUAAUAAAAUCAUCUACUGAAAAAAGGAAGAAGGACAAUAAAACUAAUAAGUCCAAAGCACAUAAUGCUGAUCAAAAAAGGAGCCCAACAAGCUCGAAAAAAUCGAAAACAAAAAUUAAUUCUUGUCCCAUAUGUAAAAUAAAUUUUACCUCAGAUAAAGAAUUAAAGUUACAUAAAGUAUCACAUGCCCAAGAGAAGCCUCAUUCAUGUGAUGUAUGUGGCAAAGCUUUUUUGACAUCUACUGAUGUACUAAGACAUAGUGUUGUCCAUUCCCAAAACAGAAAAACAUUUGUGCCUUGUACACUAUGUCCACGAAAAUUUCUCACUCAGACCAACCUGGAUUUGCAUCUUCGAGUUCAUGCUGGUGAAAGACCAUAUUGUUGUAACAAGUGUAACAUGGGUUUUACUCAACAAGGUCAUUUGAUUGGUCACAUGAAGACUCACUUAGAAAUCAAACCACAUGCUUGCAGUCAAGGAGGAUGUACAAAAACUUUUGCAAGACGAGCUGAUUUAACAAAUCAUAUAAGAACUCAUACAGGAGAAAAACCUUUUUUAUGCACCAUAUGCGGUAAAUGUUUUGCACAGCGAGGCCAUAUGGAAAAUCAUUUCAAAAUUCAUUUAGGUGUCAAACCACAUAAUUGUGAUAUAUGUAGCAAACCUUUUUCGCGGAAAGCGGAUGUAACUAGGCACAUGCGUAUUCACACAGGCGUAAAACCUUAUGUUUGUGAAAUAUGUGGAAGAGGUUUUGCUCAGUCUAGUCAAUAUAAGACUCAUUCUCGUGUACAUACUGGAGCCAAACCAUACUCAUGUGAGAAAUGUCAAAGGCGAUUCACGCAAUCAGCAAAUAGAAAAAAACACAUGAGAAAUUGCAAAAAAAGCGCUAAUACUGAGAAUUGUGAAAAUUCCAAUUCUGGUAUGACUCAGAACACUGAUAAUAUUGACAGUUUUCAAAAACUCUUGAACAUGGAUUUGUUAACUACAAGUGAAAGGUCUUUAAUUAUUGAAGCUUCAUCUAGUUCCAAUGAGAUACCAGAAAAGGAGCCAAAUGGAUUAAAAGAUAAAGUACAAAUCCCAGCUGAAUAUGUCAAUGAAAAAUGUAGUUUACCAAGAGAAAAUAUCAACGAAACAGAUUGUGUGAAUAGUGGUGAUCCACCAGUAAUCAUGAGAUGCAAUUUAACAAAAAUUUGGUCAAAUGAAAGAAUAAAAUCAAGAAGGAAAUCAUGUUCUGGGAAUAAUCAUGAUAAGGUUGGAAUAGAAUCGAAAAAUGAUGCAAAUACAACUAAAAUUACUAAGGGAUGUUGUGAACAGCAAGAGAAUUCGGAAAUUUCUUCUAGUAGAAGAUUUGCUUUAACCAAAUAUAAACAACAUGAAUUACGUUCUGAUACUAAACCAUGUGAAGCACCAUCAGAAUCUAGUGAAUAUUACAAAACAUGGGAAAAAAAAUUCAAGCGCAAAUUGGGGAACAUCGAUGCUAAAACUAAAUCUAAUAAAUUUGAUUUGUCAUUUGCUGUCAAAAAGAAAAGGAUAAAUAACAAAAUACAAACGAGAGAAUUUGUCCAAAAGGAAUGCGAAUAUUUUUGUGAUGCUUGUGGACGCAUGUACAAUUCUUUUGAAUGUUUAAAGUGUCAUAUUCGGGCGGUUCAUUUUCGAAAAGAUCAAAUCAUUUGUGAAAUUUGUGACCAGACUUUUAUGUGGAAGUCCGAUUUAAAACUGCAUGAAGACACAGAGCAUCCUGAAUUUUCAGACAAACGUUUUUCUUGUUCUUUGUGCCGCAAAAGAUUUCAUACAAGACAACAAUUAGAUAUGCACAUUCGCAGCCAUAAUGAAUACAGUUAUGAAAAGGAUGGAAAUGAACACUUGACUGCAAUUAAAAUGUCAGGAGAGAUUGAUCAAUCUAAGAACUGCAAUGCAGGGGUAGAAAGAACUCCAUCACAAUCUCCUAAAGAUCCGUCCUCACCAAAAAAAUUAACUGAAGUUUCCACAGAAGGGAAAACAAGGGAUUCAGAAACUCUGACAAAAGAUACUGAAAUAAAUUCUACUACAUGGUCUGCCACAAAAAAGAGGAAAUCCACUAUAUUGAAAAACCAGAACUCAUUUUCUCGUAAAAAACGCUUGGAGAUGGCUGUUAAAAGACUGCGAAUGACACAAGAAUCACUGAAUUCAUCUAAUGGAUCGGUUGAUGUUGCCAAUAAAAGUUCACAACCGAACCUUCCAAAUGAUGGAAAAUUCCCCUCUCAGUCCCUGCUCGGCCAAGAUAAUUUCAUUCGCAAAGAUUCUUUUAUUCCUUCAACUAUCAAUCAUAAAAAUCCAACACACACACCUUCCAAGUUAAUUUUUGAUGCUAAUACCAACAUUCCUCUUAAUUCAAAUUCUCCAUUCCGUCCACUGCCUACCUGUAGUUUCUCUGAUUCGAACAUAGUUUCCGAUAUUUUUAAAAAUUUCAACGAACUAGCUGUCAAACAUUCAAUCUCCGAUGCCGAUUUAUGGGAAUUAAAUAAUAGUUUAAAUAAAUCUCUACAUGAUAUUUUUCCCCUAUUACCAAAUGGGAAGGAUUUAAUUGUCAAAGCUGCGACUGAUUUAAUCAAAGACAUCCCCAAUCCACUUUCUCUAUCAUGCUCUGAUAUACAUUCAUUGAUACAUUCGGCUAUUCAAAAUCACUCUGAGUCAAAAAUGGAUACUUCGAUAGAUUCGGCAACUCAAAAUUGUUUUGAGUUAGAGAUGGAUUCUUCAGUAUUAAAAAGUAUAGGAAAAGAGCAAGGAAAAACAUCCUGUAUCAAACAAAAUGAUAAUGUAUAUUUAAAGUCAGACAAUUGGUCUGGUGAAACAUCUAAACUUUUAAAUCAUAAGUCAAAUGAAGUUAUAUCAGAUUGUACUCAUUCUGGUGAGGAUUGCUCCUUAUUGAAAGAAAAAGGAACAUCUGAUAAAGAUGAAAAAAAAGAAAGCCUAUUGAAUUAUCUUGCAAUAUCGAAUUUAAAAUCUAAUCAGUCCCCAAGCAUGGUUUUAAGUGGUGGAAAUGGUGCUUCAUUUGCCAAUGCUAGGUGUAGCAUUUUAAAUAAAUACAAGAAUAUAACCACCAGUCUAAGUAUUUCCAAACUUUCUGAUUCCAAUGAAGCAAAUAAUACUACUGGAAGUUCAAAUGGAAAACCGUAUGUCUGUCCCAUAUGUGGAAAGUCAUACUUGUAUAGUACACCUUUUACAAGUCACCUAACUAAACACAUGGAACCUAAUGGUCAUUCCUGUAAAUACUGUGGCAAGAUUUUCAACUUUCAAAGUCAUUUAAUGAGGCACUUACGAGUUCACACUGGAGAGAAGCCAUUUUCAUGUGUGCUUUGUGACAAGGAUUUCACUGAUCAAGGUCAUUUAAAAUCUCAUAUAAAGGCACAUAGAGGCGAAAAAUCAUUUGCAUGUGAAGAAUGUGGAAAGAGAUUUUUAAAGCAAUCAGAUGUCAACAGGCACAUGAGAGUUCACACCGGUGAAAAGCCUUAUUGUUGUAUGACAUGUGGGAAGUUUUUCAGUCGUCAAACAAAUUUGCAAAGCCACAUGCGAACUCAUACUGGUGAAAGACCUUACGAAUGUGAAAUUUGUGGUAAUGCCUUCGGUAGGAAGGAUACUCUGCUCCAACACAGAGUUAUGCACACAGGAGAUAAACAGUUUGCUUGCGAGGAAUGUGGAAAACGGUUUGUCAAGCGGUCUGAUGUAACACGCCACAUGCGAACGCAUGAAAGACAUAAAUAUAAUUGUCUAGCAUGUGGAAAACACAUACCAAAAUAUAAAACAAAAAUUACCUCUAAAAGUGGUCAACCUCCACCUCUAAUUUGUGAUGCUUGCACUCGAACAUUUUCAACAGCCGGUGCUGUUAUGAAAGACUCUAUUUUUUCAGGCCCCAAUGUUGAUGAAAAUGCUACUUCUGUAGCUAUGAAUUCACUAGCUUUUGGACUUGGUGAUAGUUUAUCCCUAAUGUCAUCCGUAUCUGGCUCUAUGUUUCCAUUCCUAUCUGAUAAAGACUGGGGGAAGCAUGCUGCCACUGAACAUAGCAGUAAAUCUCCUAACGAUUCAGCAAAGAAGGAGGGUGAAGUAUAUAAGACUGAAACAACUGAUCAACCAACAAGCUCAAAGCAAGAAUCAUAAUAGGCGUCCACAGAAACCUUGGUAUUCUGUCAAAUGUCAAUAUCAUUCCUUCUGAUGUUAAUGCAAUAUUUACUGAGCUAGAUGAAUAUAAUGAGGUCAAAUCUGUUUCUUAAUCCUUGAGAUAAAUUCUUAUUGCUAAUUCGGAUUAUUGGGGAUCAAACACUCACUGACUGCUAAAGAAAAUUAAUUUGAAUCAAAAUGGGAUUGGGCGUGCAAAACCACUGAAAGUCCUGGUUUUUAUGAAUGUAUUGUUGAAUAAUUAAUUAAAUCAGGUCCAACAUGCUUGGAUAUUUUAAUUUCUUGUAUAUUUGUUUUCGAACUGUGUCUUUUCGAACAUUCCUUCGACACAAAGCAAAUCGGCCCCAAUUUAUUGUAUCAAUCAUGAUAAAUUUUCUUUUAUAAAAAGUUGAAAAGGGUUCAUAGUAUAAAAUUUGACACAACCGAACAUUCUGAUUUUGUUUAUCAACAGUACAUUCAAGAGAAUGAUGCCUGCCGAGUAAAAUUACAAAACAAAACCGAUUGACUGAUAUAGUCAGGGCUUCCAUACUUUACUUAUUUUGGGACUUUUAUGAAAUAAAUUUGAGAUAAACAGAACAUAAAUUUCAAUGUCGAAAGCAAAGUGUUAUACAUUUAAUACAUUUGUUAAUACAUUUAUGUUUUUUAUGCUUUAUUAAUAGACUGCCAUCUCUAUUUUUGAUUUCAGGCUAAUUGAAUCCCUGGGUAUACAGCUCUGUAAGUCAUGGGGAAAAAAAACGGAUUGCUAUAAAAUAUCUUUAAAUUAAAAUUCGUAUCAGAAGUUUAUGGUUGCAAUAGUUUGAAAUCCAAUCAUUUGCUAUUAUCAUCAUCAUAUCUAACAUUUAUUAUAAUGAAAUUCUAAUCAUUAUUUAAUUUAGCUCUACAUUGGAGAUGGAAAACAUAGUACGAUUUAUGGAUGUCAUUUAUACCUUGCAUUAUAAUUUCUAUCAGGGGAGUGCAACUGGCCGGCUCCUUUAUGUCGCAAAGCCUAUACCUGAGUCCAAUUUAUUAUCUAUGCUUAUGACAUAAUAAUGCUCUAACAGCUAGUUUGUGCGGAUGACGCAUUUAAUAAGAUCAAAUUUUUGUGCCUACAAGGCUACAACUACUGGAAAGCCUAUGGUCAAAAAAGUGAGGCCUGCAGUUUCAUUGUGUUAUUUUUAUCUGGCCCUCCUGUAUUAAAGGUUGCACACCCCUGAUUUUUGAGAAAAACUAUUUCUAUUCCAAUUAUUAACUGAAGAGCUUUAGUGAAACUUGGCUCAUACUGUAUCAACUGUUUAAAGCGGCUGGCCCAUCAUCAGUAUUAUCUUGGUAUUGGUUUUAAUAAGUAUCAUUCUUUAAUUUUUUUUACUUUUUCGAUAUGAUGAUGCUUAUGUAAUGAUUCUCAUGUUGGUUUGUUUGCAUGGAACGAUAAUGAAGAUUAGCGCCUUUGUACUUAAUAUAGUUUUGUUGCUCUUAUGUGUGAUCUUGUAACUGAUGAAUGUGAUGAUCAGUCUUUAUAUAUUUUGUCUCUCUAUUAUUGUAUCAUAUCAAAUAAUUGUAUGUGCCUUUGUAUAACAGUACUAUGUAUAUUGCUAUAUUGUUUAUUCCUUUUUUAUUUCUAUUUCGAGAA